UCUCAACACCAAAUAUCUUGAAACAGACAAAUGAAAAAACACAAUAUCCACAAACGCUGCAAAGCUAUUCAUUAUGGUCGCAAUGUUUUCUAGAGUUGAGGGAAUAACCUCUGUGGAAAGAAUUCCUCCUUCAUGGAAGAAGUGGAUCUGUCCCUCUGAGCGCUGACACACUUCCUCUCUGUGCACAGAUCGUAGAUGUUUCUGCAGCACAGGGCGCAGUAUGAAGAAGUCGGUGCGGCCCGCGGUGAGUAAAGCCAGCGGGGAGCGAGGGAAGGCGGAGGGAAACACCGGGACCGGGAAACCUGCAGCCAAGAGCAGCUCUGCACCGCUGUCCAAGGUGAAAAGCAACGAUGAUCUUUUAGCAGCGAUGGCGGGAGGAGCUCCUGCAUCGAAUAACGCCGUCAACAAGAGCAAGAGGACGGCCUCCACCGGGACCAACGUUAGCAACCUGGACAGCAAGCCAAAGACCACAGCAGGCACUUCAUCAAGGCGUGCAACCUCGUCCAAUGCCAAGGAGACAAACUCCUCGCGGGAUCGUCUCCGUAGCUCCAGGACGGCGGCCUGUAAGAAGCAGCCGGGGUCGGGGGCAGCGACGGGCGAUGCUGCGUCGGGGAAACGCUCCCGCAGCCAAAUCCUGGUGGAGUCUGAAGGCCGCAUGAGCAAAUCUAAAUCUGACGGUCAGAUCAGCGACAAAGUGGCUCUGGAGACCAAAGUGAAAGACCUGCUGGGUCUGGCUCAAAGCAAAGACGUGGAAAUCCAUCAUCUGCGCAGCGAGCUGAGAGGCAUGAGGGCGCAGCUGGGCCUGGGAGGGAAGGAGGACACAAGGGAGGAAGAGGAGGAGGAAGAAGAGGAGGAGGAAGAGGAGGAAGAAGAAGUGGAGAAGCCUCCUCCUCCUCCUCCUCCUCCUCCUCCUCAUGUGUCAGCUAUCACCGCAGCCGAUGUGGAGUCGACCCUGAUCCUCCUGCAGGAGCAGAACCACGCCAUCAGGGAGGAGCUGAACCUGCUGAAGAGCGAGAACCGCAUGCUGAAAGACCGGCUGAACGCGCUGGGAUUCUCUCUGGAGCAGCGGCUGGACGCCUCCGACAAACUGUUCAACUUCGCCUCCCUGAGUGAUGGAGGAGGAGGAGGAGGAGGAGGAGGAGGAGGAGGAACGCUGACCUCCUCCUCUGUGGAGGGAUCGGCCCCCGGGUCCCUGGAGGAUCUGCUCGCCGGACACCAGCAUGGAGGCUCCGCUGACAACCUGGACAGUGAAUCCAGCGAGGUGUACCAGACGGUGACCUCCAGCGAUGACGCUCUGGACGCCCCCUCUGGAGCCUCCUCCUCCUCAGAGUCAGAGUGCGCCCCCAGCAGGGAGCGCUCCCGGAGGGGCAGCAGCGACAACGCCAGCGAGGUGUGUUUUGUGUGUGUUAGGAAAAUCUCACUG